UAGGACGCUGAAAUGGCGAGCGCUUGCGCUUGGGCGGUUAAUCGUUGCUCCUUUUUAGCCUGUCAACGCGCCACUUUUGCUGCUACUGUUAUUAGAGGCAGACCCCUAAGAAUUGCUAUAAGUUUUAGGGAAUGCAAAUCUAUUCGUUUCGCAAGAAAUUGUUGCUGCUCGUCAUCUAGCACAAGCAGCGACCUGGCAGUUGUAGUUGCUAAUGACGAUAAAUAUGGGAACAAGCAGAUAAUCAGUCUCACUCCUUGCCUUUACGAUUACAUUCUCUCCAACGUCCGGGAGCCCGAGAUUUUACGGCAACUGCGAGAGGAGACUGCUGCAAUGCCUGGCAGCCAGAUGCAAGUUUCUCCUGAUCAAGCACAGCUGCUUGCGAUGCUUGUGCAGAUUCUUGGUGCAAAACGGUGUAUAGAACUUGGUGUUUAUACCGGAUACUCAUCAUUGGCAGUUGCUUUGGUGCUGCCGGAAUCAGGUUGUUUAGUUGCAUGCGAAAGAGAUGCCAAUUCUCUCAAUGUUGCUCAGAAGUAUUACGAGCGUGCUGGUGUCUCCCACAAGGUCCAUGUGAAACAUGGAAUGGCAGCAGACAGUUUAAAAUCUUUGAUUCUGAAUGGAGAGGAAUCCAGUUAUGAUUUUGCAUUUGUUGAUGCUGAGAAGAAAAUGAAUCAGGAGUAUUUUGAAUUGCUACUGCAGCUGGUGAGGGUCGGGGGUGUUAUUGUAGUUGACAAUGUCCUUUGGCAUGGAAAAGUUGCAGAUCCAUUGCAGAUAAAUGAUGCUAGGACUGUCAGCAUCAGGAAUUUCAACAAAACUUUAAUGGAGGACAACCGUGUGAGCAUCAGCAUGGUAUCUAUAGGAGAUGGCAUGACAAUCUGCCGCAAAAAAUGACCUUGUUUAGGCUUUUCCACUGGUUGAUCCAGCAAUUUAUUCAACAUGCUGUUGAGGUUUCUCUUGUUUCCAAAAGGAUAGACUUGACUGAUCCAUGGAUAAGCAUAAGACAUAAGAAGGUAUUUUGUUGGCACUUCUUGCCCAGCAUGUUGGGUUAAACACUUAUCCUCUUUUGGCGUGAUGAUGAGCAGACCUAGCAGUUUUCUCUUUGAAGGUGACAGGCAAACUUGAAAAGCAAUCCUGAAAUAGACAUGGCGUCUGAUUUCAGAUGCUCAACGAUCUCUUUUGUUCCCAUUGACAACCAAGUGAUGAUCAUGGGAAUAAACACUAACUCAUUGCUGUAAUCAUAUAUUAAUUUAGAAGUUUGGCGGCCCAUAUUGGUUAUUUUGACAGUAAAAUGGUACUCUAACAAACUAAUGCAAUUAUAUUAUAUUGUUUGAGGCUUCA